AUGGCAAGGUCGCCAAAAAGAAGAACGGCCGCAAGGUCACCAACAAAGUCAGGGUCAAAGUCACCAAUAAAAUCGGUUACGAAGAGUGUUAGUAAAACAAUGGGUAAAUUGGUGAAUAAAAUAGGAAAAAAACUAGUUAAGAAUGAAGAAAAUGAGGAGGAAAAGGUAGAAGUUGUAAUGGAAUCCACAGAUAAAGUGGAAGCUCCCAAUGUACACGAUUCGGAAAGGAACGUGACCGAAAAUGGUAAAGUUGAGAAAAAAUCAAUGCAAAAUGUGGAGGCGGAGGUGGGAAGUAAUGUAAGUUUAGAGAGGAAGUGCCCGUACCUGGGAACAAUCAACAGGCACCUGCUGGAUUUCGACUUUGAAAAGGUGUGCUCAAUCACGCUGACAAACAUACACGUGUACGCAUGCCUAGUUUGCGGAAAGUACUUUCAAGGCAGAGGAAAGAACACACACUGUUACACGCACGCACUGGAGGAGUGCCACUACCUGUUCAUGAACUUGGAAGACUGCAAAGUGUACUGCAUACCGGAAAACUACCUGGUGGAGGACGCAUCGCUGGACGACAUAAAGUAUUUUCUGAAGCCAUCGUACACGAGAAAGGACGUAGAGUUGCUGAAAACACAAGUGACCUACGGAAAGGCGCUGGAUGGAACGGAUUUCAUACCAGGUUGUAUUGGACUCAAUAAUCUGAAGAAAACUGACUACUUCAAUGUGAUCAUACAGAUGAUGUGUGUUGUAACGCCACUGAGAGACCUGUUUUUGCUGUUCGACGUGAACAAAGUGCAGCCGCCAGACGCAGUAAUAACGACAAUGGUGCAGCUGAUAAGGAAGAUAUUCAACACGAGGAACUUCAAAGGAAUAGUGUCGCCACACGAGUUUGUACAGUCGGUGGGAGUGGCGUCCAACGGAGUGUAUAAAAUAGGAGUGCAAUCAGACCCAGCGUCGCUGUUCUCAUGGCUACUGGCACGAAUACACCAGAAGUUACAGAAUAGAAACACGAAGGAGAGUGUGGUCACGAGGGCAUUUGGAGGAGAGUUGUUGGUGAAGACACUGAGAGGCACUAGGUGGGAGUCGGAAAGAAAACCAUUCAGGAUGCUGACACUGGUGGUGCCAGAAGCGCCGAUAUUUAAAGACUCAAUGGACACGAACGCAAUACCGCAAGUGCCAAUCUUUGACCUUCUGGCAAAAUACGACGGAAAAAUGGAAUCAGUAAACACACAGGGAGAAGUGGCGAAAUAUAAGCUGUCAAAGCUGCCAGAGUACCUGGUGCUGGUAAUCAAAAGGUUCACAAAAAACAACUUCUUCCUGGAAAAAAAUCCAACCAUAGUGUCAUUUCCAAUGAAAAACCUGGACCUGAGCGAAUACAUGGUGGAAGGAGGAAGUCAAGGAGGAGGAAACGGAGGAAGUGGACAGAGUACAAAAUAUGACCUAAUAUGUAACAUAAGCCACGAAGGGACGCCGAAAGGAGGCACAUUUAAAGUGCAAGUGUACCACACACCCUCAAACAACUGGUUCCAAAUGGAGGAUCUGCUAGUAACGUCAAUACUGCCACAACAAGUAGCACUAACAGAGUGUGUGUGUCCAAGAGGAGUAAAAAUAGGAAUAUAUGGGAAGAGAAGGUACAAAAUGGACGAUGAACAGUUUGACUUGUACGAAGGAUUGGAAAACUUCGAAGAAUCGCCACAAUCGGAGCCAGAAGUAGAAUACCAGGAGGAAAAGGCAGUAAUAUCAGACGAUGAGGACGAUUUCAACCUGGUGGUGGACGAUGAAGAUGCAGUACCACAACAAGAAGUGAAGCCGGCAAAGAAAACAAAAAGGUCAAUAUACACAAGAAAAUAUAGAAUAUUCUUCGUGGGAGCACCAGGAGAGACGCACGAGGCGCCAAUGAGCAACAUAGAGUUCUUCGUACUGCUGAAAAAACUACCAAUAUGGAUCGACGACGCAGGGCUGAUGGAGUACGUUAAGAAUAUCACAAGCGGAGUGGCAUACGCAAAGGUGCUCUACAACCAGUACCACGGAAAGCCGCUGGGAAUAGGACUGGUGGAGUUCAAGGAAAUCUCGGCCUGCACGACCUUCCUGAAGCACAAGUCGCACAUAGCGUCGACGCCAAUGCCGCCGCAAGUGUACACGCACAUGUCGAGCGACUACAGGCACGGAAUAGUGUCAGAAACACUGAUAAAGGCAGCCUGCAGAAUACUCUCAGUGCCAUACACGUCAAGCAGCUCAUUCUGCACGUCGCAGCAGGACAUGAUCGAAAUAGAGUACGAGCGGCAGCAGGAGGAGUUGGUGAAAAACGGAGAAUACGAAAUCGUGACGAAGACCUUCCCGUGGUUCAGCUACGACCUGGUGAGCAUCAUGGGAGCCUGCAACAGAAUGAUGGCGCCGAAGGAGCAGAGUAAGCCGCGGAGAAACAGACGAGGGCCGAUAACAAGUAAGUCGGAACACGCGCUUAACAAGUCCGCAGCAAACUCGGCAAACAGAGCGUUCCACGGAGGACAGAGCGGGAAGGCGCCAGGGAACGCCGGAAACUCGAGGAGCAGCAGCGCAAGCACAACCAGCGUGCACCUGGAGAGCUACCUGAGCUCCAAAAGCAUGGAAGGAAUGGGAGAAAAGCUGACCUUCCUGAACACGAUGCUGCAAAGCGGCGCAGAGGGGAAGCCGGAGAACGCAGGGGUCUCCCGGGAGUCGACAGGGAGAGCAGACGCGACCGCAAAGCGCGACAUGGGAAAGCACGAGUCGGGCAACAAGCACGUGCCAGGCAGGCCCACAACGGGCGCAAAUAACGCAGACAAGAGGUCGCCGGAGAGAAAGAGGCCGCCUCUAACCGUGAGGAAGGCGAUCGCAAAGGCGGGUCAGGACAGGGACCACAAGGCCCCAGGCAACAGGGACAAGGGAGUCAAGGCGAGGGAAAAGAGCAGAAAGAGGAACUUUGAGCAGAUGAGGGCGGAUAGGAGUCCGGAGAGGCAGGAAGGCCGCAAGCCGCGGCGCGAGAGGAGCCCCGGUCGGAGGGACCGAGGGAAGAAGCGCGACAAGGGCCGCCACGAGAAGGGCCUGCACAGGAACCCGGAAAAGAGGCGCUGA